AUGGCGUCGCAGUAUAACACCCACCCCUUGCCUGCGCCCCCGGGCCAGCAGCAGUCCAACUACUCUAAUCAGCAGCAACAACCACAAGUCCACUACCAACAGACGCAAUUGCAGCAGACUCAAUCCAACACUGCAAGACCGCGCCCCAGAUCCAGAGGAUUUAGUCUGCAGUCGGACAAGUCGCAGAAGAGCGACGGCAAGAAAGAGCACUUGGUCGAGAGCCACAACGAAAAAGAGCGCCAACGACUGCACAGCAAGGCUGAUCCCACCAUGGCUAUGAACGAGGCGGAGCCUUCUGCUAUUGCUGCACAUGCCACAAACAACCUGCAGAGCCUACGCGGGCUCCAACACAAGGACCAUUCCGGAAAUGUCAUAACCGAUCCUGACCUGUCCAAUCCAACGCGAUGGCGAGAGGAGCGACCUUUGGACACUAUUCGUGCAUUCGAGGCCGCCAUUGAAGGCAGCUACAGGAACUCGAUGAUCAACUCAGGAGACAACGAGUCCGUGAUGACUUUCAACCCAAGGAACAGCUACUAUGGCGGUGGCAGUAAUGGCCGUUACCAACACGACAGCUACUACGGCAACAGCCGGCCUCAGUCAACCUUCAGGCCUGAAAGUGGUGCACCCCGAGACGGUUACCAAGAUCAGUACCGAUGGGGCCCUCCGGACCGGAGAAGGCAACCUCCACGCAUGGGUCCCGGCCCUGGCCCUGAACAACAGUAUCGAAAUAGACAGAACGGCGCGAACAUGUAUGGGGCGGGCAACAACCAGCGAUCCUAUGAAACCGUCGCGUCGGGCUCGGGGACUUCGGCAGAGCCAGCAGGGUACCAGACGGACCCGACAAGCUCAGACAACAGCUCCAUCGAGCGCCAGCAGCCGCGGCGCCAGCCAGAACCCAUCAAUGACUAUGGAAUUGGCUUCAGCCAGACACCGGAGUAUCAAACAUCAUCUUUCACUGUAGCCAGCCCUGGCUCUGCUCAGUAUGGGUACCAGAAUGACGGAGGACCACCCUCAGUGCCAAGGAAGGACGGCGCUAUCCUCAGGAAACCGACGACCCAGGAGUCACAACAACGGCCAGACACGGGCGAGAAGCGAAAGAGCUGGUUCAAGCGCCUAAGCAAGGGCUUCUAG